AUGAAGCUCCUUGAGUUAUUUGCAAUCGCUAUUUUACCGGCUCUAGUAGCCUGCCAUGUCGAGAAGGUCACAUCCUUGGAUUUUUUUUACGAUACUGUGAAUACGGAAGCUUAUACUGUUGUAAAAUAUUACACGAAUUGGUGCUCUCACUGUAAGCAUUUAAAGCCUGUGUUUGAACAAUUGAGUGAAAGUUUUCAGGAUACCACAGUCAAUGUUACUUUUUUAGAAGUGGAUUGUGAAGCAUUUGCAUCUACGUUGUGUGACCGUUUGCCGGGGUACCCUAUGGUGGAGGUGAUCAAGCCACUUGCGGAACCAACGGUAAGUAGUCUCGAGGCGCCCCAAGAGCCUGUGGAAACUAAGUCAUGGUGGAGCAAGCUUGUUGCAAAGCUCAACUUUAGCAGGUUCAACUCCGCAUGGUAUAUGGACUUGGAUAGGGUUGUUGAAUUUAAAGGUAGCCGUGAUUUCCCCAUUCUGAAGAAUUUCAUUGAUAAAAUUAUAGAGCGUACGGAACAAGAGGCUGAAGUAGCAUACAUCCUGAGCGACCGUGAGUGCACUAAUGAAUUGUGCAAGUCUAUGAGGGCGUAUUUGUCACAGAUCAAAGAUACUGACAAAGAAAUACGAAAGCUGGAGAAUAUUCUAAAGUACAACCCGGACGAAGAGCUCGAUGUCAUCAAACGAAAACUGGAUGUUUUACGAAUGGUAAAUGAGUCCCAAGGGAGGGAUAAUGAGAAUAAGGGGACCCACGACGAGUUGUAA